GUUAGACCAACGAUGUUUCUUUUUGUUCUAUCCAUAGGAUUCUUUCUACGCAUCGGAAAUUCAAUGAACCGUCGCAAUUUAAAAAAAACAGUUUGAUGAUUGGAUUUAGCAGGAAAUGGAUUGGUUUUGAGAGAGAUGUGAUGGAAACGUGUAUCUUAAAAUAAAUGUACAUAGAAAAACAGUUCACAUGCCCCAACUCGUUAAAUCGUUUAAACUCUUUGCUACUUUCAAUUUCUAUUCUUCGAAGACCACAACACAAAUAAACCGAAGAAAUUUUCCUUGACAGAAAGAAUGAUAGCUCUGAAAUUGAGUUCUUACAUUAAUAUGAACCAAAUCAACAAGUUUAUGAUAAAUAGAGCGCAUUUCGAGUGGAGCGUGCGGCGAAUGCAUCACGUGGCCAUUCAACGUGAUUUUCCGUUUACUUUUGGUUUUCAUAAGCAUGCGUGAAAGACCGUAACACAAUCCAUUGCCAAGUGUGAGUUGGUUCGAAAACAUUCAAUCGGUCUAAGCAAUUCCAUAACAAUAUUGUAAACGAAAUUGGUGUGUGAUCAGUUGUAAAUAGAAAUUUUCCACUUUUUUGAGGAGUCAGUUUGAGAUAAGUUCAGUACACUACACAUCGAGCGGCCGAAGCAAACAGACGCUUUUUUGAAUUCUGUUACAGUUCCGUCAGAUACACAGAAUGUUUUUCAAUUCAUUCUGAUCAGUUCGAAAUUUAGAAGUAAUUUUUUAGAUGAAAAUACAGAAUUUUGAGUUUUUUUUGUGGAAUUCUUUAAAUUGAACAAAAUAAAAUAAGUUGUGUAAUUCAAAUAUUUUUGUAAUUUCAACAAAAAUUUUAAAAAAUUGAAUGAAAAUUACUAAAAAUCCAAGUGGAAAUCUUGGUGUGAUUUAAGCGUUAAUUUUUUUCUCGAUAAAGAUAAGUUCUUUUUGUCGUGAAUAAAUCGGUUUUGUGCAGAAAUUCGAGUGAUUUCAAAGACAUUCCCCAGUUCACCGAUGAUACUACUGGCGUGUGAAAUAAAAAUCGAUAAUUGUGUGAAUUUUUUCGAUGUAAAAGAUAAUUGGACAAAGGUGAAGAAGAGAAGCCCAUACACAAAUUGGAUCAAAGAUUUUGCGGCGAAAUUAUGUUUGCUGUUUAAAUAGCUAUGAGCUGCAUUAAAUUCUUGCAUAAGACAAUUUAUGAAAGUACUAUUAGAUAGCGAAGUUGUUUGUUGACGAAAACGAAACGGCCGAAUCAAAGUUUACGUUAAAAUUGUUAUGGUAAGCAAUCGAUGCCAAUUACUAUCGAAAUGUUCAUAGAGCUUGUUUCGUAUUAUAAAGAAACCAUAGAGUACCUUCAAUCGUUAGCAAGUGCAAAGCGGAUCUAGAUCACCACAUGAAAUUCUUUGAAAAUCAGUGAGUUCAAGGUACAUCAGUAUUGCCGACCGUAGAUAGUAUAAUUGUGAUUCCGUGAAAUUGAAUCAUCUUAUUCAAGCGGCGUCCAGUAAAAAAAACGCGUACAUAUCACGUUUCAAUGUAUACGCGUGUAAGCUACGAGCAUGAUUCAGGUUCAUAGUAAAUACUAAUUUCAAUGGCGACAUCAGCAAAUGCAUCGUGAUUCAGGAUAUCAGACAAAGCAAAUACGAUUCACACCAAAAGUAAACAAGAAUUGAAUGGUCAUUCCAGAGAAGCGAGAAAAAAACGUAGUUUAUAAAAAAAUACGUACACGCGCAUUUGAAUUUUGUGCAGCGAUAGAGGAAAAAUUGCAGAUAUUUUGAUGAAACACGAAUUGAGAGAAGCGCCAACCGUCCACCGUACUACAUAGUAUGUAUGAAGGGAUUAGUCGUCGAUCACAGUUAUUUGGAGAAAUUAUGGAAAGGAUGUAUUUGAGUCAGAAGAUUGAUAGUACAUUUUUGGCGUUGGGAAAAGCAGUCGACGACGAAUAUAAUGUGUCUGAUCGGGCGCUAGAUGCUCUCAACGAAAUCUACUGCAAAUUAACAUGUGAGGACCAAACGUUGCGUACAUUUCGUCGUGCACUUGGACUGGGACACUAUGUGAAAAAUGACCUUAUCCCAUUUCUGAUCAAUGUCAAAGAUCCAAAACUCAUCGAUAUGAUGAUUCGCAUUUUGGUGAAUUUAACAAUGCCCGUCGAAUGCUUAUUCUCCACAAAAGUAAUGAUGCGUACCGAAAUUGGCCGACACACCGUAUCCGAUUUAACAAUGUUGCUAACAAGCUGCAAGGAAUCGUUUACAGAUGCUCGUGCAACACGUGCAGUCAUCGAACACAUGAAAAAUGUUAUUGACAAUGGCAACAAGCUGCUAUUCGAACAGUGUGACAGUAUCAAUAAUUGCCUGUUAUUACUGCGCAAUAUCUUGCACAUUCCGGAAAAUCUUGCACAUUCACAUGGCAUCGUAGGCGAACGAAAAAACCACACGGCAUCGAUGCAAAAUAAAAUCAUUUGGCAUUUAUUUAUGAUGAGCAUUGACAAACUAUUGCUGUUUUUGAUGUCAUGUUCGCAACGUGAUUUUUGGAGCGUUACAAUGGUUCAAUUGAUUUCGGUCGUAUACAAGGAUCAGCAGGCGAGCACAUUGCAGAAAAUGCUCAAUGUUUGGCUAGAAGACGCGCUGUCCGAUAGCUCGGAUGACUUUGAAAGUAACACAACACCGCCGCAGAAAGAAAACAGCGGCGAAUCAAGUCCCGUUCUCACAUCAGAUCCCACAUCGGACUCAUCGGAUAAUGGAGGUGGCAAUGGGAAAAACACAGACAAAACCAGCGAAGCUACCAGACGAACACAAGCAGAUGUGAAAAGUGUGGAAGCCGCUUUGCAUUUACAGUCACAGCAGAGCAUCGAACAGUGUAAAAAGAAUACGGACGAAUCGGCUACGUUAACACUGACCGAAGACGAAAUGAACGACGAAGCAGAAAAACCAGUUGAGAAGCAAAGUAAACAGUUUCAAUGGAAUAUUGAAAUCGAUCCAUCCGAGCCAAAUGUAGCUGAAAAUAAGGCAGCUGAAACAUUUGAUGAAAAUGGUAAAAAACGAACGCAAUAUCCGUUAACAACGGAUCAAUCCGAUUGUGGCUAUGGUACUCAUCCCGAAUCCACUUCGAUCACCAGUAGUGAAGACCAUUCAAAUAAAAAUUUCCACCAAAAACCACAACGAUUCCAUGUGGUUAAAAAGCCAUGCAAAGUGCUGUCAAUGCAAGAGCAAAAAGAUCGACGUCGAAAAAAGCUUGUGAAAAGAAGCAAAAGCAGUCUUAUCAAUAUGAAGGGACUGGUUCAUCAUACACCCACUGAUGAGGAUAUUUCGAAUAUUUUGAAGGAAUUCACGGUGGAUUUUUUGCUCAAAGGAUACGGUCAUUUAAUGCAGGAGCUUCAUGCUAAACUAUUGUCCGAUUCGGAUUUGCAAACGCACAUUGACACCUCCCACUUUUUCUGGCUGGUCACUUAUUUUCUCAAAUUUGCUGCUCAAUUGGAACUUGAUCUCGAGCACAUCAAAUGUGUUCUGUCUUACAAAAUUGUGAGCUAUUUAACCUAUGAAGCGGUUAUGCUCUAUGAACAACUUGAGCUAACGUCACGACAUUAUGAAAUUGAUUUGGAACCAAGCCUACGGCGAAUGCACUUGGUCGUAACGGCAAUUAGAGAAUUUUUACAAGCGCUCAACACGUACUCAAACAUUGGACAUUUGAGCACAAGCGAUGUGGAAUACAUUCGCUUCUUGCAAUUACAAAUUAGUGUUACUGAAGAUUUGAAACAACUGUUUAUCCUGUUGAUCAGAAAUUACAAGCCAUCGAUUCAGAGCAAACAAUAUCUACAAGAUUUAAUUGUCACCAAUCAUAUUUUACUUCUGAUUCCGGAUUCGGUUGAAAAUGCAUCGGAUCCAAAGACCAAGGCCAAACUGAAGGAGCAUAUUCAACAAUUUGCCACCGUUGAAAUGAUGCAACAAUACGGGAUUCUUCUGGAAGGCUUUUUAGAAAAUGGUGAAUUCGUAAAUGAUUGCAUUCUCACGAUGAUGUAUCACAUUGGUGGCGAGCUUGGAAAAGUGACAGCCCUAUUUCAACCGGUUAUACUGAAAACGUAUUCGAGAAUCUGGGAAACGGAAUAUGAACUAUGUGAUGAUUGGUCCGAUCUAAUUUUCUAUGUAAUGACAAAAUUUAUAAGUACACCUCAGAAACCACCAAUUAACCUAUCAUCGGCACCAUCUUUAGCUGCUGGAAAUCACGUUGAUCAUUCAAAUGAAAAGAGUCUGUGCUAUGAUGCCUGGUGCAAAGAAGAAAUGGAUGUGCUCUAUUGGUUCUACGAAGAGAGCAAAAGUUAUCCGGAUAGCAUUGGACAAAUUUUGAAACGUUUUCGCGAUAGUAAUUUCAAGCCAAAGUAUCGCAUCGAUGUUAUACAACAGCUGUUGCAACAGGACAUCAUAAAUCGGUCUGAAUUCAAUGCAUUGAUGAAGUAUGAAAAUGUGGAGUUUGAACGAAAUUUCCAACUGAAACCAAAUGCAAGGUCGCCGAAUGAGUCAAACACUUCAGCCAGUAGCUCUGUUCGACCAGAUCAACAAGCAGAAAAGACACAUGAUGAUAUUCAGAUUCUCAAAGAGCGAUUACUUCGAGAGGAUAAAGGAAAACAUAUUCUCUGGUUGCAGAGCAUUUUGAUUGAGUAUUGCUUUGCUAAGCUUUGUUUUAUGAAGAAACAAAUCAUCGGAAAAAAUCAAGACGAAAUGAUAAUUAUUGAGCCAGUGCCACAUCAUUGCAUUCUGAAAAAAGAAUCAGUCCCAGUGGUGCCAUACAAUGCGGAACAGGCUGCCAUAUUAUCGUAUGAACCGUUUAUUUUACUAUUGCAUCAAUUGGGUUUUCAUUUGCCGGUUGAUGCUGGCAAACUGUUUGUACGUGUUCCAGAGUUUUGGACAGCUGAUAUUCUAUACCGCGUAGCUAAUAAGCUUGGACCAAUCGAUAAAACGGCACUCAAAUUCGAUGUGAAUGAAUUGAAAAUGAAAUCGACUCAGUUUACUAUGCUCGCAAUCAAUCACGAGGAAAAAUUCGAUAAAAAUGGCGAUGUUUUCAAAACAAAUGGCCAUCUUAAUUUUACUCUACCAACCAACAUACUUAACACCAGCUCGAUUUUGAAGCAAAUUCACACCAGUAGAUCGAAUACAAACCGCAAUUCAACCAGCACAAAUGGAUUUUCUGGAUUCGCUUGCCCGGAGUCAUCAAAUCCCGAUAUGUGUUUGCAUUUUUCCAGUUCUGUAUCCAUUUCGAUCGCAUCUAACGCAUCCAUUUCCAUCGUGCAAUCCAGCAAAGUGUCCGUAUCGAGCGAUCGAUCCAAAGUUCCGGCCGACUCAGUACAAAUGGACAUCGAUACAGAUUCAUCAUCGAAGCGAUUGGGCGAUAAAGAUAAAGAAGACAAAACAAGCUCUAUCGACUCAAUGUCUCUCGACACGACACCACCCGAUGAAAAAGCUAAUUAAAACUAGUUUCUGGUGCUAUGAGCACAAGAAAUAUUUUUGUACACAAUAGAUGGCCCGUUUUCUAUGUUUAAAUAAGAGAUGAGAUCAUUCAAAUAUUUUACUUAAGAUAUUUUUAUAUAAAAUUUAUUGAUUUUUGAUGUCGAAACAUGAAAUCUCUAUAGUUUCAUUUUAUUAAUUUUAAGAAAAAUUUUGUAUUUGGAUAUAAAUGUUAAAGCAUGAAUACAAACAAGCAACUUCGAUUCAAAAUAUUUUGAAAUGUAAUAUCUCCAUACUUUUGUAUGGAUGUCUGUUUUGUAUUUACUCGUUUUAAGAUAAUUUCGAAUUUAAGUCGCUCUGUUGUGCCCACGCAUUUAUAUAAUUCUUCGUUUUAGUAACUACUAAUUUUAUUGAUUGAAUGAAUUGAUAUAACGAUUAACAAUUUUGACAAAAUAUGAGAUUUGUUAGGGUAUGAAAAAAGAUGAAAUGUUUACGAUAUUGCAUUGCUUCAAUAUAAUUGAAAAGAAAUACAGGGUAGAUUUCUCACAAAAUGCAUUCGUUAGUUGGAAAGUGAUCAGUCAACAUAAGAAGAAAAUUAGGAUAAAAUUUAUAUAAUUAGAGUUCAGCACGGACGUUGCUCUAUAUCUUUAUAGAUAACAAAGAAUAUUUAUACUAAGUUUAAUAGUCGUGCAAUUGGAUUAUUUAAACGUGAAAGCAGCAGACAAACUGAAUGUAUAUUUUGUGGUUAAUCAUGUCAUACUUUUGUGUAUUGUAAGCUAGAAAGAAUGGAACUAAUGAAUAAGUUUAUCAUAUCAAUGUCAAAGAACUAAUAAAGAUUCAGUUGAAAGAAAAA